UCUAAACUAAACCUUGGUCCUGCCACAUCACACCGCUCCAAUACAGCCGGGAGAACAGAACUGGAUCCCUGACACAGGGGUCUCUCUGUACCUCAGACGCUGCAGGAACCUGAAACUCAAAGCUAACCAAAACACGCACAGUGGAGUGACGCCACAACUCUCAAUACAAAUAAUCAAUUAAUCAGUAUUUAUUGAUCGGGAAGUGCUGUGCUGCGUUGGAACAUAGCUGCAUUGGAGAGAGGGUUUGAUGAUCGAGGGGCCAGGUGUAUUUCCUCUGGUUUUCACCCAUCAGCGUGGACUAUAGCAACAGAGAAGGGGCCAAGAUGAAUCAGACCAAGGUGGUAGAAGAGGAACUGUAUAACUACUAUGACUACUCAGACUGGUACUCAAACAACAUGGAACCCACCAGACCUCCAAAAGAAGUUAUUCUCCCAUGUGACCCCACAGCGGAUGACCAGCUGUUUCACAUAUGUAUCACUUCAGUAUCUCUCGUUAUGGUGUUGAUUCUAGCAGCCCUGAAGAGGAGAAAGACUCUAUGUGAGGGUUUCACCAGUGGAUCAACUGGUAUCUCAAGUCCAGUGAACUUCCUGGACCAGACGCAGCACAAGGCCCUGGCGGUAGCUGUGUUUGGGCUGGUCUUCAGCAAGCUGUCUGUAUUGGUCCUGGCUCCAGACCCCCUGCCCUUCUCCAAAGACACCCCUCAGGAAAUCAAAGAGUACAUGAAGAUCGUGGCCGUCUUCUACUGGCCUGCCCUGUACUACCCACUCCUGGCCUGUGGUACGCUCCACAGUAAACUGGGCUAUGUGCUGGGCAGUCUGCUCUCCUGGACACACUUCGCUGUCCUCGUCUGGCAGAAGCUCGACUGUCCCAAAACACCAGAGCUGUAUAAGUACUAUUCCCUGCUGGCCAGUCUCCCACAGAUAGCCUGUCUGGGAUUCCUCUGUGUCAAGUACCCGCUACUGUUCCUCAAAGGUGCUGAGGCCAACGGUUUUGAGGACCUUGACAGCAGCUACUACACAGACUACGUGAAAUUAAUUCUAAAGAAGAAAAAGUCAAACAUCAGUACCUCUAUCAGAUCAGAUAAACCCAAACUGUUGGAGAGGAUAACAGACACAGUCAAGUCCUACAUCUACACACCAGAGAAAGUAUUCCGGUUUCCACUAAAGCUGGCGAUCUCAGCAUUUGUGUCCUCCAUAGCAGUUUAUCAGGUGGCGCUGUUGCUGGUUGUACUGGUGAUCCCCACCCUCCAUAUAGUCCGUGCUGGUAUAGAUGAGAAGUUCCCCUUCCUUCUGGAGGGCGUUGGUAUCGUUCUAUCAGAGGACAGGAUGGAGGUGGUCCAGAUAGUCAUCCACUAUACCUGGUGCUUGGAAGUGUGUUACCUGUGUGGAUUGACCCUGGCCUGUUCGUUCACCUUCAUCAUGCUCAUGAGGUCCAUGAUCCUUCACAGAUCGAACCUUCAGGGCUUGUACAGAGGAGAUAUUUACAACAUGUAUAACUGCCAGAAGAGCGUCUGUCCAUCUCAGACAGGCCUAGUGUGCUGGAUGGGUUUUAUUGGAUAUCAGGCUGCUGUCAUCUCUUUAGGAAUGGUCCUCCAGACUCUGGUCUUCUUCAUCUGUUUUGUGUGGUUGGUGUUUCUCAUUGUCAUCCCCAUCUUGUAUGGCCAGAACCUCAUACUCUUCCAGGUCGCUGCCAAGGCCUGGCCUGUGUGGGUGACGUUGAUACUGGCGACUGCUCUACAGCACGUGACAGCCAGGUUGGCUUUCAUCAAAAAGGAUGCUGGGACACGAGACUUGAACAACAGAGGCGGUCUGUUCCUUCUGACCUACCUGCUCUUCCUGAUCAACAUCAUGGUGGGGUUGAUAGCAGCCAUCUGGAGGAUGGUCAUCACGGCCCUCUAUAACAUCAUCCACCUGGGCCGCAUGGACAUCAGCCUCCUCAACCGCGCCGCUGAAUCCUAUGACCCGGCUUAUUGUUACUACACCCACUACCUGAAGGUAGAGGUCAGCCAAUCUCACCCUGUGAUGAAGGCCUUCUGUGGGCUGGCACUGCAGGCUGCCUCGGCCGGAGGUGCUGGGCAGAAGAUGCGAGAUGCAGAGGAAGGGAUCCAGAUGGUGAAUCAGGAGAAGAGACAGAACAAGGUGGUUAACAGCAGGAGGGUGCGGGCACGCUGGCAGCUCCUCUACACGCUGGUCAACAACCCAUCUCUACUGGGCUCCAGAAAACACUACCAGCUGCAGCCCUCUGACAGCUUCGUGAAUGGAACGAACCGCAGCAAGAAGGACGCCAGCGGCAAACCCACCGCUGCCGAGGCAGGCUCCGCCACACCCACCGCCGCCGAGGCAGGCUCCGCCACACCCACCGCCGCCGAGGCAGGCUCCGCCACACCCACCGCUGCCGAGGCAGGCGCCGCCACACCCACCGCCGCCGAGGCAGGCUCCGCCACACCCACCGCCGCUGCCACCGAGGCUGCUGCUGCUACCUGAGACCAUGGCUGAUGUUAUGUGGCUUAUGGACUGAUGCUUUGACCUCGCUUCUCUCUGUUGAACCCAACGUUCCAACUGCUUGGUCUUCAGGGUAGCGGUUGACUACAGAGGUAUUUCUCUGUAGGUGCAGUCAAGUGCCUUGGUUUGUUUCGGCUCCACGUGAAAUGGAUCUCUAUGUAUGCUGCUUUCCGUGUCAUGUUGUUGUCUGCAAUGUCGAUUUUCAACAUUUGCUGGUCUAUUAUUUAGCUUUUGUAAAGGUCAUGAUGGUGAAAUAGUACACACAAUCUCAAUGGUUACAUGUGUUUGGUUAUGAGGCACAGAAAACAUUCUGCUUUAGCAUCCAUUAUCCACCCCUUCAUUUAAGGUCUUGCCCUUUGGCAGUUGUCAGAGGUUGAGAUAUUUGCUUUCAAAAUAUAUACAAGAACAACGAUACUUUUAUUUUUUGUGUAAAUGUUGUAACUGACAUCACAAUCCAGUGUGCAAAAAAAUAAACUGCUUUUCUCCUAGGUGGGAGUAUGUGA